AUGCCUCAACCGCGACUUUUUAAGCCCCUUAAGAUCGGUGACAUUGAAGUGAAACAUCGCAUCGGAAUGGCACCACUCACUCGCUUUCGAGCAACCGAAGACCGAGUGCCAACACUCCUCAUGAAAAAAUACUACAGCCAACGCGCCGCAGUGCCAGGUACCUUGAUCAUCACCGAGGGGACCUUCAUAUCAGCAACCUGCGGUGGAUUCCCGCACGCACCAGGGAUUUGGCGUGAGGACCAAGUUGCUGCGUGGAGAAUUGUCACCGAUGAAAUUCAUCGCAAGGGAUGUCCCGUAUUCUGUCAACUAUUCGCCAUGGGACGUGCUGCGGAUUUCGACGUAGCCCGGAAAGAAGGGUUCGAUAUCGUAGCUCCCAGUGCUAUUCCCAUGGAAGAAGGCGGCGUCGUCCCCCGGGCCAUGACUACCGACGAGGUCAAACAGACAAUCCGGGACUUUGCCAACGCUUCGAAGAACGCUAUUCGGGCUGGCUUUGACGGAGUCGAGAUCCAUGGCGCGAAUGGAUAUUUGCUCGAUCAAUUCAUCCAAGACGUUAGCAACAGGCGUGACGAUGAGUAUGGCGGGAACGUGGAGAAUAGAUCUCGUCUUCUCCACGACGUGAUCAAAUCUGUUGUUGAUGCCAUCGGCCCUGAACGGGUCGGGCUUCGACUGAGCCCAUGGAGUACAUUCCAGGGUAUGAGAAUGCAGGAUCCGAUUCCGCAGUUCACGGAUGUGAUCAGUAAAGCCAAUCAGGCGGACAUCGCUUAUCUUCACCUCGUCGAGUCGCGAAUUUCCGGCUCCCAGGACUACGACGGCCAUGACACGCUGGAUUUUGCAUAUCACCUAUGGAACGGACCCUUUCUUAUUGCUGGCGGGUAUACAUCGCAUGAGGCCCGCAAGUUGGUGGAUGACAAGUAUCCGGACAAGGACAUCAUGGUCAUCUUUGGCCGGCACUUCAUUUCAAAUCCGGAUCUCAUAUUUAGGAUCAAGAAGGGUCUGGAGCUCAAUGCCUACAAGAGAGAUAGUUUCUAUGUUUUCGAGUCAGCGGUUGGGUAUUCGGAUUACCCAUUCAGCGAAGAGUAUCUAGCAAGCGGGACAAACGUUUAG